GACAUGCGCAGUUCUGUACUUAGCUACAGACUAUUUCGUUCGAUGCGAGAUAAAUCUCAGAGACAGAACAUGUCCGAUACUGAGGAUGGCGGUAUGGGGGCGGAGGACGUGAACGUGACCCAGAUUGGGUCGAAGAAUGAGGUUCGGAUACAGAAAACAGACAUGAGGGACGUCAACAUCAACAUUAUCUUAAACGCCCAGCAGGCUGCCCAGGCAAAUGGUGGAGUCCUUGGCAACUUGCUUUCGAGAGUGAUGAACAGCUGCAGGGGAAGAAAGGAUGAAAAACGCAGUCCAAAGGGCUGCACGAGGAGGGAAGAAGAACUGCCACAGGAGAUCGGAAGUGUUCCGAUCGAGUCGGGCGCAUAUGAAAAGACAUGCACACACAUGGGAACAUGUCCGGUACUGAGGAUGGCGGUAUGGGGGCGGAGGACGUGAACGUGACCCAGAUUGGGUCGAAGAAUGAGGUUCGGAUACAGAAAACAGACAUGAGGGACGUCAACAUCAACAUUAUCUUAAACGCCCAGCAGGCAGCCCAGGCAAAUGGUGGAGUAGAUGGCAACAUGCUUUCGAGAGUGAUGAACAGUUGCAGGGGAGGAAAGCGGAUGAAACGCCGUCCAAAGGCAACCAUUGGUAGAGGUCAAAAACGAAAACGAAAACAAUGUACCAAAAAUGGUCCAUAGAUGGUAUAUACCUUCUUUGAGAGGCAUUUAGAAGUUGGGGCUUUAAGGAAGGAUAACAACUUCUUUAUUGCUGUGAGAGUGACGUUACGGUGUAGGUUCUAGCACCUUAAUCAACCAAGUGAUCAAGCUUGCUCUCACACCAAAAAAGAAGUUGUUCAUCCAUAUAUUGUUAUCCUUCCUUGGUACAUACCUGUACUCAAACAAAAUCAAAAAUGAAAACGAAAACAAAGUACCAAAAAAUGUACAUAGAUGGUACAUACCUGUACUCAAAGAAAUACGAAAACGAAAACAAAGUAGCACAAAAAGGUACAUAGGUGGUACAAACAUGUGCUGAAAAAAACGAAAAAAAGUCUGUAGAUGGUACAUACCUGUACUCAAAGAAAAACAAAAACGAAAACAAAGUACGACAAAACAUGUCCAUAAAUGGUACGUCCAUGUACUAAAAGAAAAACGAAAAUGAAAACAAAGUACAAAAAAAAGGUUCAUAGAUGGUACUGACAUGUACUCAAAGAAAUACGAAAACGAAAACGAAAUACCGAAAAAAGGUACAUAAAUGGUACAACCCUGUACUCAAAGGAAAAAGAAAACGAAAACAAAGUAGCACAAAAAGGUCCAUAGGUGGUACAAACGUGCUGAAAAAAAAAAACGAAAAAAAAGUCUGUAGAUGGUACAUACCUGUACUCAAAGAAAUACGAAAACGAAAACAAAGUACCACAAAAAAUGUACAUAGAUGGUACAUACCUCUAUUCAAAGAAAAACGAAAACAAACUACCAAAAUGGGUCCACAGAUGGUACAUACCUGUACUCAAAGAAAAACAAAAACGAAAACAAAAUACAAAAAAAAGGUUCAUAGAUGGUACUGACAUGUACUCAAACAAAUACGAAAACGAAAACAAAGUAGCACAAAAAGGUCCAUAGGAGGUACAAACGUGCUGAAAAAAAACGAAAAAAAAGUCUGUAGAUGGUACAUACCUGUACUCAAAGAAAAACAAAAACGAAAACAAAGUACGACAAAACAUGUCCAUAAAUGGUACGUCCAUGUACUAAAAGAAAAACGAAAAUGAAAACAAAGUACAAAAAAAAGGUUCAUAGAUGGUACUGACAUGUACUCAAAGAAAUACGAAAACGAAAACGAAAUACCGAAAAAAGGUACAUAAAUGGUACAACCCUGUACUCAAAGGAAAAGAAAACGAAAACAAAGUAGCACUAAAAAGGUCCAUAGGUGGUACAAACGUGCUGAAAAACGAAAAAAAUCUGUAGAUGGUACAUACCUGUACUCAAAGAAAAACAAAAACGAAAACAAAGUACGACAAAACAGGUCCAUAAACGGUACGUCCAUGUACUAAAAGAAAAACGAAAAUGAAAACAAAGUACAAAAAAAAAGGUUCAUAGAUGGUACAAACAUGUGCUGAAAAAACACACGAAAAAAGUGUCUGUAGAUGGUACAUACUCAAACAAAAAAAAAAAAGUACCCCAAAACAGGUCCAUAAAUGGUACGUACAUGUACUCAAAGAAAAACGAAAAUGAAAAGCAAAGAACAAAAAAAGGUUCAUAGAUGGUACCGACAUGUACUCAAACAAAUACGAAAACGAAAACAAAGUACCUCAAAAAAGGUCCAUAGGUGGUACAUACAUGUACUGAAAAA